ACUCACUAACUGAGUGAGAUAAAUCAAAAUCUCCGAAUCAGUGGGGGCAUUUAAGUGAGGUCACACAAGAAUCCUUGCCAACCAUAUCAUCAAACACAAACACUAGAAAAACUUCUGAACCCUAAAAAAUAAUACCUAAUCCUACCUCAUCAUCAUCAUCAUCAUCUGCUAGAAAUGGAAGCCAUUGGAGUUCUAAUGACCUGUCCAAUGUCAACACCACUAGAAGAAGAACUUGAUAAGAAAUUCAAGCUUUUCAGGUUCUGGAAUUUCCCUGACAAGAUUGAUUUCUUGAAACAGAAUUCUAAUUCAAUUAGAGCUGUAGUAGGAAAUGCUACUGCUGGUGCUGAUGCAUCAUUGAUUGAUUCAUUACCUAAAUUGGAAAUCAUAUCAAGUUUUAGUGUUGGUUUAGAUAAGAUUGAUUUGGGUUAUUGUAAGCAGAAAGGUAUUAGGGUUACUAAUACACCUGAUGUAUUGACUGAAGAUGUUGCUGAUAUUGCUAUUGGUUUGAUUUUGGCUACUUUGAGGAGGAUUUGUGAGAGUGAUCAGUAUGUCAGGAAGGGAUUGUGGAAAUUGGGGGAUUUCAAAAUGACUACAAAGUUCUCUGGCAAAAGGGUAGGCAUCUUGGGUUUGGGAAGAAUUGGUUUAGCAAUUGCCAAGAGAGCGGAAGCUUUCAGUUGCCCUAUAAGUUACUACUCCCGAAAUGAAAAACCCAACACAACAUACAAGUAUUAUUCAAACGUUAUGGACUUAGCAUCAAACUGUGAUAUCCUCGUGGUUGCUUGUCCACUCACAGCAGAAACUCGUCACAUUAUCAAUCGUGAAGUGAUGAAUGCAUUAGGUCCCAAGGGAGUCCUCAUCAACAUCGGCCGUGGUCCUCAUGUCGACGAACCCGAGCUUGUUUCUGCAUUGGUCGAAGGCCGGUUAGGUGGUGCAGGUCUUGACGUAUUUGAAAAUGAACCCGAGGUACCAGAAAAGCUAUUUGCACUCGAUAAUGUCGUGCUGCAACCACAUGUUGGAAGUGGCACAUUCGAAACUCGUGCUGAUAUGGGGAACCUCGUAAUUGGGAAUUUGGAAGCUCAUUUCCUGAACAAACCUUUGUUAACUCCAGUUGUUUGAGGUGGAGAAUGUGUUGCCAGUGUUGGUAUUGAUAGUCUUGUGUUUCAGGUCAAGAAACUAUUAUCAUCCGGGGAUGAAAAUUCCUGAUAAAUAAUCAUAUUUAUGGGAAACUAAAAGACCUGUUCUACUUGUUAAUUUUUAGGGUAUGACUUGAACUUUUUAGCUGAUAAUUAUUUUAGGUAUGCCUUAAAUUUUCUAACUCCA